AUGUCGAGUGUUGUGGCUGUGCAGCCUCAGCCUCAUCCCUGCGCUGUUGGCGCCCGGGAGAAUGUCUGUCGGCUUAGCUUGACCGAAUGGGUCAAAGCCGAAGCCGAAAAGUGCAAGCCGGUGCUGAAUGCGAUGUUUCGUCUCCAAGGGAGCAAGGCCUUGGGAUACUCUGAGAGGGAGGGCGCCGCUGGAGGCCUGUUCUGUGGCGCCCAACAGGCCUCGCACACGCCGCCUCACAGGCGAGCAGACAUGACACCAAAAGGCAGCCCAAUUGGGAGCCAACCGCUGCACGCUGGAUGCCGCGGGGCUUCUGAGCCCCAAAAUGGGCAGUAUUUGUGUCCGCGCCGUUCAGUCCAACAUGUGGCGCCGCACAAGGUGCAGCAGGCCCGACAGUUGACAGUUCCGCGGCUCGCCCCGUCCGGAAAUGCGGUUGUCGUGUGUCAGCUCUCGACAGAACAAGUCCAUAUUCGCACUGCAAAAGCCGACGCGGUGUGGAAGGUGCAAAGUGACGUGCAGACCAGCAUGGUGCAGCAGGGAUGA